UCUUUUCUUUUCGGCUAAUUAACUGAAUAAGCUACUACCCAUUCACGACUAUUGUUUUCUAUUUAAUCAUUUUGGAAGAUUUAUAUUGGCAACACUCUCUAACAUGGUCUUGUAGUCGCAUUAGACAUCGUGUACAUCUGAGUGAAGAUGUCUCAUAGGAAAUUUUCGGCCCCUCGUCAUGGUUCUAUGGGCUUUGUCCCAAAAAAAAGAUGCAAGAGACAUCGUGGUAAAGUGAAGGCUUUUCCUAAAGAUGACCCAUCCAAACCUGUACAUUUAACUGCAUUCAUUGGAUACAAAGCUGGAAUGACCCAUAUUGUUAGAGAAGUCGACAAACCUGGAUCAAAGGUAAACAAAAAGGAAGUAGUUGAACCUGUCACUAUAUUAGAGGCACCUCCCAUGAUUAUCGUAGGAGUUGUAGGAUACAUCGAGACUCCUAAAGGCUUGAGAGCUUUCAAGACUAUUUUUGCUGAACAUCUAAGUGAAGAUUGUAGGCGACGAUUCUACAAGAACUGGUAUAAGUCUAAAAAGAAGGCAUUUACUAAGUAUUCCAAGAAAUGGUCUGAAGAUGCUGGUAAGAAAGAAAUUGAAAAGGAUUUUAAGAAAAUGGCUAAAUAUUGCAAGGUGAUUCGUGUCAUUGCUCAUACCCAAAUGAAGUUGAUGAGAAAGCGCCAGAAGAAAGCCCAUAUUAUGGAAAUCCAAUUGAAUGGUGGCAACAUCGGUCAAAAAAUCAAAUGGGCCCGAAAUCAUCUGGAGAAACCUGUUCCACUUAGUUCAAUCUUUGCUCAAGAUGAGAUGAUUGACGUCAUUGGCGUAACCAAGGGCAAAGGAUUUAAAGGUGUAACCAGCCGUUGGCAUACAAAGAAAUUGCCAAGGAAAACUCACAAAGGCUUGCGUAAAGUAGCUUGUAUUGGAGCUUGGCAUCCAAGUCGUGUACAGUUUACUGUAGCAAGAGCUGGUCAAAAAGGUUAUCAUCAUAGAACUGAAAUCAAUAAAAAAAUAUAUAGAAUUGGUCAAGGUAUCCAUACUAAGGACGGUAAAGUGAUAAAAAAUAAUGCAUCCACUGAGUAUGAUUUGACUGAGAAGACCAUCACCCCAAUGGGAGGUUUCCCUCAUUAUGGUGAAGUUAAUUGCGACUACCUGAUGUUGAAGGGAUGUAUUAUGGGUCCCAAGAAGCGAGUAAUUACUUUAAGAAAAUCUUUGUUAACUCAUACUAAACGUGCAGCAACUGAAAAAAUAAACUUGAAAUUUAUUGAUACAUCAUCUAAAUUUGGACAUGGAAGAUUCCAGACUCCUGCUGAAAAACUUACCUACAUGGGUCCAUUAAAGAAGAAUAAGAUCAAAGAGGAAGUUGCUGCAUAAAAAUGUAACAACCAGAACUUUGAAAUAAAAAAAAAUAUUUAAUAGUUA